AUGUGUCGCCCUCAGAGCACAUGCCCAGUAAAAGCCCAACACAUCCCCAAUACAUACGAUGCCCAGCACAUACCAUACCCAGUACAUGCCCAGCACAUACCAUACCCAGCAUGCCUGGCACAUACCAUACCCAGCACAUGCCCAGUACAUACCAUGCCCAGCACAUACCCAGCACAUGCCCAGCACAUACCAUUCCCAGUACAUGCCCAGCACAUACACAUACCCAGCACAUGCCCAGCACAUACCAUACCCAGCACAUGCCCAGCACCAUACCCAGUACAUGCCCAGCACAUACCAUACCCAGUACAUGCCCAGCACAUAUCACACCCAGUACAUGCCCAGCACAUACCAUACCCAGUACAUGCCCAGCACAUACCAUACCCAGUACAUGCCCAGCACAUACCAUACCCAGUACAUGCCCAGCACAUACCAUACCCAGUACAUGCCCAGCACACCAUACCAUGCCCAGCACAUACCAUACCCACAUACCAUACCCAGUACAUGCCCAGCACAUACCAUACCCAGCACAUGCCUAGCACAUACCAUACCCAGCACAUACCAGUACAUGCCCAGCACAUACCAUACCCAGCACAUGCCCAGUACAUACCAUACCCAGUACAUGCCCAGUACAGCACACACCAUACCCAGUACAUGCCCAGCACAUACCAUACCCAGCACAUGCCCAGUACAUACCAUACCCAGUACAUGCCCAGUACAUACCAACCAUACCCAGUACAUGCCCAGCACAUACCAUACCAGUACAUGCCCAGCACAUACCAUACCCAGUACAUGCCCAGCACAUACCAUACCCAGUACAUGCCCAGCACAUACCAUACCCAGUACAUGCCCAGCACAUACCAUACCCAGUACAUGCCCAGCACAUACCAUACCCAGUACAUGCCCAGUACAUACCAUACCCAGUACAUGCCCAGCACAUACCAUACCCAGUACAUGCCCAGCACAUACCAUACCCAGUACAUGCCCAGCACAUACCAUACCCAGUACAUGCCCAGUACAUACCACCCAGCACAUGCCCAGUACAUACCAUGCCCAGCACAUGCCCAGCACAUACCAUGCCCAGUACAUGCCCAGCACAUACCAUGCCCAGCACAUACCAUACCCAGUACAUGCCCAGCACAUACCAUACCCAGUACAUGCCCAGCACAUACCAUACCCAGUACAUUCCCAGCACAUGCCCAGUACAUACCAUGCCCAGCACAUACCCAGUACAUGCCCAGCACAACAGCGACCCCUUAA